AUGGUUUUCAGUGAUACCUCACAAGUCGAAAACUGUACAUACUGUUAUUCUCUGCAGUGUAGCGUUCGAAUAGAAUCCAUAUCAAAUGUUAAUCGCCGAGGUGCAGUGGCAUCAAAGAAUGCCACGCUCACCAUCGGACGAAAUUUGGCCCGGAAGUUGGUUAUACAACUAUCGAACUGCGCCCCGAGAAAACUCAAUGUAUUCCUCAAGUCUCUGCAAGCGAAGCUUGACAUCAUGCGGUCUGAACGCUCAGAAUCUUUAUCAACUAGUAAUCGCACCCCUCUGGCAAUCGCUCGGUUACCGUCUUCAUCUAAAAAAGCCGAGACAAUCCAGUUAUCUGAAGAACAACGAGCUGUGAUCCGCUGCGUAUUGCAGACCUCAGAAAAUGUGUUCUUCACAGGUAGUGCCGGCACUGGAAAAUCAGUCGUGCUACGACGAAUAAUAGAAAUGCUACCAGCGGGAUCUACGUUUGUUACAGCUGCAACUGGAGUGGCAGCAUGUCAGCUUGGCGGUAUAACGCUGCACAGUUUUGCUGGAAUAGGAGUUGGUCGAGGUACUGCUGAAGAGUGUUUGGGACUAGCCAUGUCCAAAGAUAACAUUGUCAAGCAGUGGAAGCUUUGCAAGCACCUCAUUAUUGAUGAAAUUUCUAUGGUCGAUGCAGACUUCUUCACAAAGAUUGAAUAUGUCGCACGACAUGUUCGUGAGGAUAAUCGACCAUUCGGUGGAGUGAAGCUGAUCGUUACAGGCGACUUCCUCCAGUUGCCACCAGUAUGUGGCAAGAACGACACUGUAAAAUUCUGCUUUGAGUGCGAAGCUUGGAAUCGCUCUAUCCAGAAGACCAUUAUGCUGAAGUGUGUUCAUCGACAGGAUGACUCUCGCUUCGUCAAGGUUUUGCAGGAAAUCCGUGUUGGGAAAUGUAGCGAUGACGUGUGUACGGCGUUGAUGGAGACCAAAGAAAACAACUUCUCGGCCGAAGGCAUAGUUCCUACAAGGCUAUGCACGCACACAUCGGAUGCGUUAGCGGUAAACCGGCGGUGUUUAGAGGAACUUGAAGGGACGUGCAAGAUCUUUGAAGCUGAAGACAGUCAAUACAUUCCGGAUUCACUUCAAGGCACUGUCGCGAAGAAACUCGUUCUGAAAGUUCACACUCAGGUCUCAUUUAAUGUUGAAGUGUUGUUUCGAUUAUAG